AUGGCCAGCGUGCAAUCGGUAAGCUGUGUGUUGGCUGACGUGGGCAGCGCCGCCUGCGCCAGUGGCUGCUUCCCAUCCGUGUCUCUCGCCAGUCUGUCACUUCUGAGCAAUCGCUUCGCAUCGGACCCCAAGCAUGUAGCAGCAGUCAUUGCAUACGGCAGUGCCACCACCCACAAUCCCCUAGCCGAUGCCUCUCAAUCGGGCCAAGCCUACAACCAUGUGGAAAUCCUACACAACUUUCAUCCCAUUGACUGGCCCCUCGUUGAGGAACUGGGCAAGGUCCUAAAGCCAGGAGGACAGCCAGCGGACCCCUUGGAUGCAUGCAUCGUCGCAGCCGACCUUUUCCAGAAGGCGUUUAACAAACAGAUUCAGGAAAAUAAAAUUGAAUGCAUUUUUUACCUGCUCAGUGGCCCUCAGCCAUUUGAAUAUGACUCGGACGCACAAAGUGUUCGCCAACACAUGACGGAGACCCACAUCCGCGUUGUGCGCGUUCUUGCGGGUGAACCUCCUGCUGGUGAAUCAACUGGUGACUUUUUCGACCGUGAGGUCUCUAUGAAGGACUUCAUUGACUUGUGCCGGCUGUACGUGCCGGUGAAAAGCAAGAAAACGGUCACCAAGUGUCGCAUUCCCCUCACUCUGUCUCCUUCUGUUAAAUUGUCUGUUUUUGUCUACAUUCUUGCAAAGAAAGAGCCCUUGCCUUCUCUGCGGAAGCGUCUGAAGGUCUGCCGGAAUACUGCAGGCUCAGAGCGGGAAGGUCCUGCCUAUUAUGUGGCUAUGACACCCGAGAGGUUUUUGUACCGCGCCGAUGACCCAGAAAAACGGCCUAUUCACAUGCCUUCGAAGAAGGGAGCUGCUGCCGCUGCUGCCGCUGAUCCUGGUGCAUCUACGUACGAGGAAAUGCCGGCGGAAACAGAGGGGUUGGCAUUCGCGUUUCCAUUCGGCAAGCAGCUUGUGCCUGUCUCUCCCUUUGAAAGAGAAGCCCACUUUUCCUUGAAAACUGACAAGGGCCUUGUUCUUGUGGGAAUGCUGAGGACUGCCAACAUCAAGAGGUGGUGGCUGACAGGUCAGAGUGAGCUCGUAGUGGCAAGUGAGGGAGACUCGAUAAGUCAAACGGCAAUGUCUGCUUUGUUUUGGGCGUGUGUUCGUUUGCGUUGUGCGUUGCUAUGCCGGUACACUCCACGGCAAAAUUCCUUGCCUCGACCGGUGCUGCUGGUUCCCCGUUUCUCAUAUGCCGACGAAGACUGGGAGGAGCUGCUGCUGCAAGCACAGAACCAGAAAACUAUGACAGUGCAGCGAGGGUUCUGCCUCGUGCACAUUCCGUUCUCAGAUGACGUUUCUUCUCCGGCCCUUCCGGUGCCGCCUGCUGCAACUCCGGACGAAGUGCAAGCGAUGGAGGCCUUAAUAGACUCUCUUCCGCUUUCUUUUUCUCCGGUGUCCUCGUUUUCCACAUCCGCGAAACGGGCAGCGCCACAUCACUGCACAGACCGCAGGCUCUGCGAAAAGAUACACCCGCUCUGCGCACCCCCUUCAGUAUAUCCUUCCCCUGAUAUUGCACCGUUCUCCUCAGAGGUGCAUCCGUCUUUCGUGCCAAAGUCAGCCAGGGCCUUUGCGGAGCCUAAUGCCUCCGUCAACCCUCUUCUUAUUCCUAAUCCGACGAUGCAGCGCUUCCUGAGACUGAUCUCUAGCAAGAUUCUAGAUAUUGCGACACACAACCAACAGCAGCAGCAGCAGCAGGAGCAGCGGCCGGAGUCUGGAAAGGGAUACCAAGACCUGCUGAGGGCCGUUGAUGAUUUAUUUCCGCUCACGCCAUCUGUCACAGAGCCCCUAGUCAAAACGCCCGGAGAAGAGAAGGCAUCGCCAGCCCCUACAGCAACAAAGCAUCCAGGGGUAUGCGGGGCCAUUGCUGCUCUAUUUCCACUUGUGGCGCAAGGACCUCUACGAGAAUUUGCUGCUGCGACGACAGCAGCACGAGGAGAAGCAGCAGAAGCGCUGUCAAAAGAAUUCGUAAGGAAAAAUGAAGUGCUGAAACUGACAGAUGUAAAAUUGCAGCACCAACUGGAGCAGAAGGAGCGAGCUGAGGAUGGACAGAAGGUGAAGCAAGACCCCCAACAGGACAAAGGUCCGCAGCAUCCGCUGCUGCAGCAGUACGCAGUCAGGUCCAUUAACCCUGUGAGAGACUUUGAGCUCAUGCUCAACGUCAGAGAGAUAGACUUGACUGAAAAGGCCAUCUCAGAAAUGCAGCAAAUCAUUCUUGAGCUGCUGCAGCGAGCAGAGGAGCAAUGGGCUGCUGCUGGUUUAUCAGGCCAGCCUGACGGCAUAGGAACGCAUCAGCAGGGGCAGAAACAGCCGUAUGAACAGGAACAGCAAGUAAAUGGCAUUGCCUCACGGUACCUUGUUAAGGCCAUGAUGUGCCUCGAGGCAUUGAGGGCCGGGUGCGUUAGGGAAUUAGAGGGAAAAGCGUUUAAUGCUUUUCUGCGGCAGCUGCACCAGCAGGCAACAGCCGCAGAAACAGAAAAAGCAGCACAAGCAACACCAGCUGCGCAGACACCUCAGACUGGAGCUAAGCUUUUUUGGGAUUUACUCUUGUCGAAAAAGCAGAUUCCCCUCGUUACCACUGACGAAGACCCCCACGCAGAUGUGGCCCCGGAAGAUUCUACGUGCAUAUACAACUUACCAUUCCAAGAGCAGCAGCAGCAGCAUCAGCAGCAGCAGUACUCUGGGAAUGAAGCAGCGGACAUUUUAGACCUAAUUGAGUGA